AUGUCGAACAUAACUGAAACAACUGCAUCAGCAGACCAGAUCAUCGUUACACUCAAUCUUAUUCAAGUGAAUAUGGGUCGUUAUUUAUAUCCAAUUAUUUUUAGUCUUGGAAAUAUUGGAUCAAUUCUCAAUAUCUUAAUUUUAACUCAACGAGUUUAUCUUCAAAAUUCAUGUUCAUGUUAUAUUCUUGCUUCAUCGAUUAUUAAUUUAUUCAUUGUUAAUAUUGUGAUUUUUUUUCAUAUGUUGGCCUUUGGUUUUAGUAUCGAUCCAACAACAACAUCUUUCUUUUUCUGUAGAUUUCGACAAUAUAUUUCCCAUGUUACUACGUUGUUAUCAAAAAUUUAUAUUGUAUUAGCAUGUAUAGAUCGAUGGGCAAUGACUUCAACAAAUGUCAGACGUCGAGCUUUUAGUCGAGUAAAAAUUGCUAAAAUAAUCAUACCUUCAGUGGGUAUCAGUUGGUUUAUUAUUUCUCUUCAUAUUCCAUUAAAUCACUUCAUUGUUAAUGGUCGAUGUAUGGUAGUAUUACGCGUUUAUUCGAUAUUCUAUAAUAUUUAUAAUACAGUUUUAUCCGGUUUUUUGAUACCGAUUCUAAUGAUAGUCUUCGGUUUUUUAACUAUUCGGAAUAUUAAACUAAGUCGACAGCGUGUUAAUGUUCAAGUCAAUAUGAAUCGAAUAUUUACCAAUCAACGACAGGGCAAAAAUAAUACAAAGUCUAGAGAUUACGAAAUACUUAUCAUGAUACUUGUCCAAUUAAGUGUUUAUCUCAUUACAUGUUUACCUUUUCCAAUGUAUUUAGUUUAUUCUACUAUUACAAUACAAUGGACAAAAUCAAGUGUUCAAUUAGCUAUUGAUAGAUUUUACUCGAGUCUUACUGUUGCAUUAACCAAUAUUAAUUUUAGUACAACUUUUUAUAUAUAUGUGUUGACAACUCGUGUUUUUCGAAAAGAUUUAAAGCGAAUAUUAGUAGAAAAACGAUUAUUUAAAAUGUGUUUUGGUACUCAAUUGGUUCCACCAAUUAUGAGAACAAACAAUGGUACAAUUGGAACUGUUGCAGUUGUCAUGAGGCAACCAAAACCAUGUAAUAUUCAGUCACGAAAAUACUGA